AUGCAACUACUGGUUCCCAGCUGUAGGGGCAUCUCGACCUUUUUUGGAAUCGUCCCAACCUCUCACCCAAGGCUGUCCGAGAGUUGCUUGAGUUUCAGGAGACGAAUGGUUGUUGAGGAUUUAUUUUUACUGCAUCUAGAGGUUGCUCCUGACAAGUCAGCCAUUUCCAUAGAUCUGGAUUCUUCUGUAGCCGAGAAGGAUGACUGGGUCCCAAGGAAAGUCACUCCACAUAGGUGGUAUAAUCAAGAUUAUGUUGGUAGCUCUAGCACAAAACAAGAGGUACCCAGUUCCCAUUCUAUGGAUGAUAAAUCAAAGAAUGCUAGUUAUGCUACAGAAAGUCAAUCCAUGGACUGA